CAGUGCUUAGGGAGGGAGCCCGGCGAUGGUCGGUCGAGUCAUGGAUGUUUAGAUUAGAAUUUCCCACCAGAAGUGGGCAUUUUCUUUGGAUGUUUGUCUGGAUGGAGAAUGAGUUUCUUUUUGACAUCGAUAAGGAGGUGUGGGGACGUGUUUAACCUGAACGUCCAGCUCAAUCCUGCAUGUUUUUGAUACAUUUAGAAGCUUGAGUGGCCUGUCAUUGUAAGCUUGGCAUUUGACCUAGCCGGGAGUCACCUUGAAUCAUUGCUACAGAGAAGCAAUCAUGUCAAUCCGAAGUGUGCUCACAAGGGAUCUUAAUGAGAGCAUCAGAACCUGUCUGGGACGGGCUGUGAAGAUAUCCAUGAAAUGCAUGGUUAGAAUGGAGACCAAGCAAGACAAAUUUGAGAACAGAGUACUGGCCUUCUCUGCUUGCCGUCUCUUCAUCAUGACCGCCAAAGUUCCUUCACGGAUCGACCACCAUUUCCACUAUCUGGACAUCCAGGCAAUUGAAAGCAAGCAAACAACAGAGUUCUGCCUGGUGGUCAAUGACAAGCGUUACACGUUCAUCCCGGCGGACGACAGGCACAAUGAGAUUGACGCCAUGAUCAUCAAUCUGGGCGUCUCCAUCAAGAACAUCUUCCCUUCAGUGCCACUCAGUCACAUUGUGCGCAAGCUGGACGUCGUGCCGGCGCGCCGCGUGCAAAAGCUGCACGAGGUGGCGCGCCUGGUGGAGGCGCGCGAGCCGGUGCCGUGUGGCGGCUUCUCCACCCAGUACGCGUGCAUGUGCGACUACCACAACCUGCCCUACCGGGAGGAGGUGGCCUGGGACGUGGACACUAUCUACCUGUCACACGACUCCCGUGAGCUCAGCCUGCAGGACUUUGACCACCUGGACCCCAAGGACCUGGUGCCCAUCAUCUCGGCGCUCGAGUACAACACGUGGUUCACCAAGCUGCGUAUCUCGCACCUGCGGCUCUCGCACGAGGCGGCCGAGCGGCUGCUGCACGUGCUCAAGAAGUCAGUCAGCCUGGAGGAGGUGUACCUGGACAACACCGGCCUCAAGGCGGACCUGGCUGGCAAGCUGUCGAUGGCGCUGCUGGCCAACACCAGCUCGCUGCUGACCGUGCUCGACGUGUCGCACAACGCCGUCGAGGACAAGGGUGUAGCCCAUUUUGUACCUGCCAUAGCCAAGAUAGCCGAGACUCCACCAGGCGCCUCACACCUGACGGGCCCCGUCGGCCGGGCCUCCAAGGGCCUGAAGCGGCUCGGCUUCGCCCACUGCAACCUGACGGCCAAGGGCGUCAACCAGCUCUGCCACGCGCUCAGCCUCAACCGCACCAUGUCCACCACGCUGACGGCGCUCGACCUCAGCGGCAACAACAUGAAGGAGGAGGUGACCAACCUGUACAACUUCCUGGCGCAGCCCAACGCCGUGACGUCACUGAACGUCAGCGGCUGCGACCUGCUGCUGGACUCGAUAUUCGGCGCCCUCCUGCGGGGGUGUACCACCCACCUGGCCCGGCUGGACGUCUCCAAGAAUGUGUUCAACACCAAGAAGUCCAAGGACAUUCCGCCGUCGUUCAAGCAGUUCUUCACCAGCACGAUCGCGCUCAAAUACCUCAACUGCUCGAGCUGCCGGAUGCCUCUGGAGGCGCUCAAGAACCUGCUGCUUGGCCUGGCCUGUAACGAGUCUACGGUGGACGUGGAGCUGGACCUGAGCGCCAACAGUCUGGGCCCGCCCGGCGCGCACGUGCUCGAGUCCUGCAUCCACGGCGUGAAGUGCAUCGCCUCGCUGGACAUCAGUGAAAACGGCCUGGAGCAGGACCUGGCCGGCGUUGUGACCGCUGUCAGCCGCAACAAGUCGGUACGCAUCCUCAAGAUGGGCCGCAACAUGGCCAACACCAAAUCCAAGCACGUACAUCACGUGGUGGAUGCGGUGGUACAGAUGAUUCAGGAGGAGGACUGCAUGCUGGAGGUGCUGUACAUCAACGACUCGCGGCUGAAGGCCGACCUCUACAGUCUGCUGAACGCGCUCGGCAGCAACAACUGCUUGCAGACGCUGGACAUCAGCGGUAACCUGAUGGGCGACACGGGCGCCCGGCUGCUCUCCAAGGCGCUGCAGAUCAACUGUCGGCUGCGCCAGAUCAGCCUCGACCGGAACGGCGUCAGUCUGCAGGGCCUCUCCGACAUCGCCUACGGCCUGCAGAGCAACCACACGCUGAAGUACAUCCCGGCGCCGCUGUACGACCUGGCGCCGUGCAUGAAGCUGUCGCCGGAUCGGACGGAGGCGGUGUGGCGCCGGCUGCAGGACCUGCUGCACCGCAACAUGGCGCCGCAGAUGCGCCACAGUGGCCAGGCCUUCCGGCUCCAGCAGGGUCUGCUGCUGAGCAGCGCCCAGCAGAUGCUGGACCGGCUGAUCGGCCAGAUCCGGGAGCAGGUGCGCACGCUGCGCGAGAAGACGCCGCCGGACGACGAGCGGGCCGAGCUGCCGCUGAGUCGGGCGGAGGCCGUCUGCGAGGACGCCCAGCGCUGCAAGCAGCUCAUGGCUCGGUUCCACACGGUCGUGAUGGAGCGGGAGGCGUCCGGCAAUCCGGUGGAGCUGAAGCUGAGCCAGGUGGCCGAGCAGCUGCACUCGGUCAUCGCCCAACACAUAGAGGCGACCGUGGACCGGAUGCUGGAGGCGGCCGAGGCCGAGUGUCCGCACGUGCUGCUGUCGGCCGUGCAGCAGGCGAUCCGCUCGGCCAGCGCCGAGCGCGUGCGGCUGGCGCUGCCGGCCGACCAGGUGCGCUCGGCGCUUCAGCAGCGCGCCGGCUCCGAGCUGGCCGAGCGCGUCAACGAGCUGCACGUGGCCGUGGCGGCGCAGGUCAGCGACCGCGUCGUCGAUGAGGUCAUCGAGAGCCUCACCAGGAGCUACCAGGAGCUGACGGGAGAUGCCGGCCGCAAGCGCGCCUGCACGCCGGACGUGCUGAAGUCGCACCCGCGCCCGCCGGACGGCGCCGAAGCCGGCGGCGCCGACAGCAGCCACUCCAAGGAGGACGUGGGCAGCGAGCGCUCGGACCCGUCGCCGCCGAAGCUGGAGUACUUGAAUUUGGCGACUCCCCAGCUACAUGCCAAGAAGCUAAACCUUCAGGGCCGGAAGAUGCGGCCGAAGUCCGUUGUCGACUCCGUGGAGGGCGUCUCUGCCGAGCGCAUCCCCGACCUGCUGCCCAGUCUGGACGCCACCGAGGAAGAGGUCGACACGGUGGCCGAGCUGCCGGCCUCGGCGUACCAGCUGCGUCAUCUGGGCAAGGCGCGUCCGCGGCGCGCCAAGAGCCGCGCGCCCACGCGGCCCGUGGUCGGCGAGGAGGGCGCCGACGUCGACACCGGCCUGGACGUGUUCUUCCCGCCGGCGCGCUCGCUGCCCAGCAGCCCGCUCACCUCGCCGGACUCCGAGUCCCGGUCAGUAACGGCCUGGAGUCCGUGUCGCCGCUGGUGGCGCUCCCCACCCCGGCUCCUGGUGUGUGAUCGUUGGCAGUCGGGGUGCGGUGCGUGACGGCCGGCGGACGGGUCCGGGGAGUGGAGUGGAGCAAAAU